UGUAGUUCACCCACCAGUCUUUGACCGACUGUUGUGGUGUGUGUACAAGAGAUUUUUCAAUUUUUUAGCGCUCUGACAUGUGGAUUUAGUAAUUUAUAUCGUGUUGUGUCAUCUACAAUCAUCGUUGAUUAUUUUGGUUGGAAGAGCUACCACAACUCGUUACCAUGAUGUGGUUGGAAGACGCCAAAAGACACGUCCUCGACGAUUCCGACGACGACAGCGCCAGCAGCGACGAAGAGGUGCCCAUCUGGGUGCGAGGGGAGCAGCGAUGGGUUUCGGGAAUCACCGCGGACACCACUUGCCACGACGUCAUUCAAGUCCUUCUUCAAGACGAAGAGAGUAGGGGGCGUCAUAUCGGUUUACCAGAACAGUAUCACAUAACAGAGCGAUGGAGAGGAGUAGAGCAACCUUUAGACCAUCACUCCGCCAUUUUGGAUAUUUGGAACGCUUGGGGAACCGCUCAACCCGAAGUGAAAAUAUCUCUUAGACGAAUCAAAUAUGACAGACCACCUAGUAGAAGAACGAGAUGUAGAUCAGAUUCUAGCACAUGGUCGGACCGAAGCGCAUGGAAGACUAUACACCCGAAGAGGCUACACGCUUUACAAAACGAAAAACAGCCAUCAAGCACGGAAGAAUUAUUAAAACUAGUUUUAGCUCAAGGAGAAGUAAUAAGACGCCAACUGAAGAAGUUGAGGCACAGUGAACACCAAAUCGGCUAUUUAGAAGAUAAGGCGCACAGAGCCAGAGUACGUAAACACGGAAGCAACUACCUCCUCGAAACAUACCUGAAAGGGUUAUCAGAAGCCGUGGACCCAGAAAACGAGGCUAAUGUCGGCACGGACAAAAACAGCGACAGCGGAGUGAUGACGGAAGGAGACAGUGAGCAAUCAAACACGAACAAAGCGUCGAGAUCGACGGAAACGUCAUUUGAGCGUUUUUCGCCGUCGUCGGAAGAGUUUAGUAAAGACAUUAAGGAUGAUGAUACUAGCUCUACCGUUAGUGAAGCAACCAUUAGAGAACAAAUAGAGUUAUUUGAGUCUAUAGCGAAACUGAACAAACGUCUUCUUAAAGAAGAAGAAUGUUUAGUUAGGUUAGAUGCAAAUUUACGGAAGUACGACAAACACAAAACUAGUACAGAUGAUCUGACGAAAGCUUUAACGAAUUUACGAACGGAAAUGACGAAGAGUGCGUGUGAGAUGCAACACAACGAGGUAGUUUUGGAAGAGACUAUGGAAAUGUUACUUAGCAGGAGGCAUUAUUUGGAGAAUCUACACAGGGAUCUUGCUAACGAAGACCAAGAACACGAGAUGCUGCAGGCUUUAAUGUACAGUUCACGAAGGCAGAGGCACAACGGGGAAAGUAGUUGUAGUCCUUAUUAUUCACAUACCAAAGAAUUGUUAGAUACCUUAGUAUAGCGAAAACAAUUCCGUUUUUCUUAUUACUAAUUAAUUUAAUACCAAAUAUUUUGUACCUAAUAGUUUUAUUGUCUUCUCACGUGUUUAUGUUGGAAAUUUGUU